AUGUCAAACGACGCCGCCCUUGAUGAGAUCCGACGACAGCGAAUGGCCCAACUUCAGGGAGGAGCCCAGGAUCAGCAGAAGCGACAGCAGAUGGAAGACAUGACCAAUUCCAUGCUUGGUCAGAUUCUUGAUCAAUCCGCUCGAGCUCGACUCAACAACGUCGCUCUUGUCAACCCACAGAAGGCAAAGCAAACUGAAGCUAUGCUCAUGCAAAUGGCUAGAUCUGGAAAGAUUCAGUCAAAGCUGAACGAGAGCUCACUUGGUGACAUUCUCAACCAAAUCGCAUCUACUCAGCAAAAGACAACCGUCAAGUUUGAGCGCCGAAGAGUCAUGGACUCUGACGACUCCGAUUCCGAUUAUUAG